ACUGGGUCCUGCUCUAUUUUGACAAGAAUUAACAACCACUCAUUGGAGACUAUAUCGCUAGCUUCGCAUCACAGAACCAACAAAGAACCCACAUGUCAUUGAUCUGCAUACUUCACUCUCUUUCUAUAUAUAUAUAUAUAUAUCGGAUAUUGAAAUAGAAAUGGAUGCCAUAAUCCAAAAACUAGAACCCAUAUUUCCUAACCCUUUUUGAGAAGGAACAUAAACAAUAUAUAUAAUUGAAAAUGGCAAGCCUAGCGUUAGCAUCCAUUCUUCCCAAGUGUUGCCGAAUCGGUGCAGUAGUUACUAAGAGCCCAUUGAGCUCCAUGGUUUUUGUCCCUGCCACAAGGAGGCAUUUUCAGGCAUGUUCACGUAAAGAGGCAUCAAAAGCAUUUGAAACCGCUUCUCAGGCAGCAAAACAAGCAAUUAACGCGGCAAAGAAAGCUGGCCAAGAUGUGAAAAACGACGCUACUUCUGCGGCUGAAGAAGUGAGCCAGGAAACGAAACAAACAGUGGGAGAGGCAUCCAAGGGGGCACAAGAUGUGACAGAGAAAGCAAAGCAAACGAUGCAAGAUGCUUGGGGCACAGUUAAAGACACCACACAGAAGAUUAAGGACAAAGUUUCAGGAAAAGCUGAAGAAUCGAAGGAAUUCGUGAAAGAAAAUGCAGAGUCAGUCAAGCGCAGCAUGAACAGCAAAAAAUAAUGCGCUUUUGAAGCUCAAAUUUGUUGCUUGAUCCACACACACACAUAUAUUAUAUACGCAAGUUCUUCUCAUCCUCAAUUUGUUUUGUACCAAUUAAGUACUUGGCUUAUAUAUGGUAUACAUAAGUUUUUGUAAGAUGAUGACAUAAGAUGCAAGGGAAAUUCUUCCCAGCAUUCAAUUUAUUAUAGACUAAAGAUAUAAAAUAUAUGAUA